AUGGGUCUCAUCAAAACCGCACUUCUGCUUGGUGGUGGCAUUUAUGCCGUAAAGAAAGUCACCAAAAGCCAAGAAAAGAAAUACGAAAUGCAAAAGAACAACAGCAACAAUAACAACAACCAAGACAUGUACUUGUAUGGCGGUGGCCAGCCAGGUCAGGGCCAACAAUACCAACAACAACAACAACAAGGCCCAGGCCUAGGUUCCAACUACAACAGGACUCGCGAAUGCUCAUACCCAGUCCAGGAGUAUGGCCACGGUCAGUCUCGAGGACAAUCACCCCCGCCUUCGUGGGAACAUGCCAAUGGACACAAUGAUUUUCGGCCGGCGUACGCGCACGAUGAGAAGAAGAGGAUGAACUAA